GGAACCAUCCCACUUCACCACCAUCCCACUCACAACCAAUCCGGUGGUGAAGUUUCCAGUUCCGAUCAGCAAAGCGAUCAGGGAAACGGUGAGGACAUGCUGCAGUACUCUGACCUGUCUUUCCCUCAAAACAUAACUCCAGCCAAGGCCAAGAGUGACGCGAUGGGUGGAGAGAGUGUCUACUCUGAUGUGAACAGCUUUGGUUGAGACUGAAACUGACUAAUUCAAUGCUAAACUUCCAGCAAAUAGAUCUUACAUUUUGUUGCCAUUGUUUCUAAAAUUAUGUUUCUGUCAGAAUAGUGUGAUUUAUGUGUGACAUAGUUCUUUUCUGAAGCUCAUUGCUGUUGCUUGUUACAAUAGGUAAUAACUAGUGGUAAAAGUGUUGUUCAUUAGGAUUAUGCUGAAAUAGAUUUGAAUGUUGUUUUCUCAAACAAAUUGGUAAUGUACUCAUUAUCAUAUAGUGUUGAUAUCAUCAUCAAACUCUAUUUACACUCUUUCUGUCACGGUCUGAAUAUUAUCAAUUAACAAUUUCCUCUUCCAAAUGUCAUGCCUCCUCUUACCAAGAGAUGGCAGUAGUGUUAAAGAUUGAGAAUAUUAGCAGUCAGUGUUAGUGUUGACUUCUCCCCAAGUUCUUAAUAUACAGUGUUGCCUUCCUUCCCAGUUCAGCAGUGUUGCCUUCCUUCCCAGUUCAGCAGUGUUGCCUUCCUUCCCAGUUCAGCAGUGUUGCCUUCCUUCCCAGUUCAGCAGUGUUGCCUUCCUUCCCAGUUCAGCAGUGUUGCCUUCCUUCCCAGUUCAGCAGUGUUGCCUUCCUUCCCAGUUCAGCAGCGUUGCCUUCCUUCCCAGUUCAGCAGUGUUGCCUUCCUUCCCAGUUCAGCAGUGUUGCCUUCCUUCCCAGUUCAGCAGUGAUGCCUUCCUUCCCAGUUCAGCAGUGUUGCCUUCCUUCCCAGUUCAGCAGUGUUGCCAUCCUUCCCAGUUCAGCAGUGUUGCCUUCCUUCCCAGUUCAGCAGUGUUGCCUUCCUUCCCAGUUCAGCAGUGUUGCCUUCCUUCCCAGUUCAGCAGUGUUGCCUUCCUCCCCAGUUCAGCAGCGUUGUCUUCCUUCCCAGUUCAGCAGUGUUGCCUUCCUCCCCAGUUCAGCAGUGUUGCCUUCCUUCCCAGUUCAGCAGUGUUGCCUUCCUUCCCAGUUCAGCAGUGUUGCCUUCCUUCCCAGUUCAGCAGUGUUGCCUUCCUUCCCAGUUCAGCAGUGUUGCCUUCCUUCCCAGUUCAGCAGUGUUGCCUUCCUCCCCAGUUCAGCAGCGUUGUCUUCCUUCCCAGUUCAGCAGUGUUGCCUUCCUUCCCAGUUCAGCAGUGUUGCCUUCCUUCCCAGUUCAGCAGUGUUGCCUUCCUUCCCAGUUCAGCAGUGUUGCCUUCCUUCCCAGUUCAGCAGUGUUGCCUUCCUUCCCAGUUCAGCAGUGUUGCCUUCCUUCCCAGUUCAGCAGUGUUGCCUUCCUUCCCAGUUCAGCAGUGUUGCCUUCCUUCCCAGUUCAGCAGUGUUGCCUUCCUUCCCAGUUCAGCAGUGUUGCCUUCCUUCCCAGUUCAGCAGUGUUGCCUUCCUUCCCAGUUCAGCAGUGUUGCCUUCCUUCCCAGUUCAGCAGUGUUGCCUUCCUUCCCAGUUCAGCAGUGUUGCCUUCCUUCCCAGUUCAGCAGUGUUGCCUUCCUUCCCAGUUCAGCAGUGUUGCCUUCCUUCCCAGUUCAGCAGUGUUGCCUUCCUUCCCAGUUCAGCAGUGUUGCCUUCCUUCCCAGUUCAGCAGUGUUGCCUUCCUUCCCAGUUCAGCAGUGUUGCCUUCCUUCCCAGUUCAGCAGCGUUGCCUUCCUUCCCAGUUCAGCAGUGUUGCCUUCCUUCCCAGUUCAGCAGUGUUGCCUUCCUUCCCAGUUCAGCAGUGUUGCCUUCCUUCCCAGUUCAGCAGUGUUGCCUUCGCUCCCAGUUCUUAAUAUAAAGUGUUGCCUUUCCUCCCAAUUCUUAAUAUACAGUAUAAAUCACAUAAAUGGUGGAACAUCUCUGUCUUAGGCUGUUUGAGAAGGUUUGAAUCUUAAGCAACCUGUCUCUAUGUUAUUUCUCAUGUGAAUUUCCUUCUAUUUUCAGACUCAGUCUUUGUGUUUAAUUUCCAUGUUUUUUAAACCGAAAGGUGAUUAUACAACAUUAUAAACUGUGUAGUUGAUUGGCUGAAACAGCAUUUCAGUCAUGUGUAUAUCAGACAAUAUACCACAGGUAUGACACAAAAAACUUGUUUCAUGUUGUAUUUAUGUUGGUAACAAAUUUAUAAUAGCACUAAGGUACUCUGGCCGCCUCGGUCGUUAUUGCUAUAUAAUACACAACAUUUUCAUAUGCUAAAUGUAUCUAAAAAUACA